AUGUCACAACGACUUAUGGCAAAUAUGAGUCGCUCAGGUAUCGAUUGUCCUUCUGGCUUUUACACCAAAGAGGAGCUGAAGCCUCACCUUCAGAGGCCACUUCAGGAUUCUAUGGCACAAGGUGCAAAUGGGAAAGCCUUUGUGUUACAGCUAAUGAAUCCUGAAGAACAGAAUGAGAAAUUGCGUGGCUUUGAUAAAAACCAGUUCAAUCAGUUUGCCAGUGAUCGCAUCUCUCUGCAUCGUGACCUAGGCAAAGACACCCGCCACACAGAUUGCCUGGAACAGAAGUUUUGGCGUUGUCCUGGUCUCCCUACCACCAGUGUGAUCAUAGUGUUUCAUAAUGAGGCCUGGUCCACUCUGCUCAGGACGGUCUACAGUAUCUUACACACUGCUCCUGCAGCCCUGCUCACAGAGAUCUUACUGGUGGAUGAUGCCAGCACAGACGAUUCCCUGAAGACUCGCCUCGAUGAAUAUGUGGAGCAGCUGAAGAUAGUACGUGUGUUACGACAGAAAGAGAGGAAAGGCUUGGUCACAGCCAGACUGCUGGGGGCGCAGGCUGCACAAGGAGAGGUCCUCACCUUCCUGGAUUCUCACUGUGAAUGCUUCAAUGGAUGGCUGGAGCCUCUUCUAGCUCGGAUAGCGGAGCAGCCUACUGCUGUGGUGAGCCCAAAAAUUGCCAGCAUUGACAGAGAUAAUCUAAAAUUCAGUAAGCCACGCCCUGAACUGCAUCAUUACAUGCGAGGGAAUUUUGACUGGAGGCUCACGUUUGGAUGGGAGCCCAUCCCCGAAGCAGAGAAGAUCCGAAGGAAGAAUGAGACACAUCCCAUCAGAACACCUACCUUUGCUGGUGGCAUCUUCUCUGUAUCUAAAUCAUACUUUGAGCAUAUGGGGACUUACGAUGACCAGAUGGAGUUCUGGGGAGGUGAGAAUUUGGAGAUGUCCUUCAGGGUCUGGCAAUGUGGAGGUCAGCUGGAGAUUAUUCCUUGUUCUGUUGUAGGACACAUUUUCCGCAGAGAGAGCCCCCACAAAUUCCCCAAUAGCUCCUCUAUAAUAAUCCGCAACCUGGUCCGCCUGGCUGAGGUCUGGCUGGAUGAGUACAAAUGGGUCUUCUAUCGUGCAAACAGAAUGGCUGCUUUGAUUUAUAAAGAGAAUUCAUUUGGAGAUGUCACUGAACGUCAUAAACUCAGGGAGAGAUUAAAGUGCAGGGACUUCUCUUGGUACUUGAAGAACAUUUACCCAGAGGCCUAUGUCCCUGACAUAUAUGGAAGGUUGGAAAACAUUGGUUUGAAGUGCUGUCUGGAUGUGGAGAAGACAAAAAAGCAACAGAAGUCUGUCCAAAAGAUCAACUGUACCAAUACGUGUGGAACACAGUAUUUUGAGUACACCCCACAACAUGAAGUAUGGAUCAGCCCUGACAAUGAGAUGUGUUUACAUGCAAAUCCUGGAAAAUCUCUGGUGUCUGUUGAACCGUGUCAAUUGAACGGAAAAGUAUCUGCACCACCACCUGAGCAAGUGUGGAUCUUCACACAGACAAACCAUCUGAAGAAUCCCUCAUCAGACAAGUGUUUGACAGUGGCAAGAGGACAGGUGAUCAUGACGAAAUGCACAUCAACCAGACUCAGUCAAAGCUGGAUCCUCAUCUAACUUUAUUUAUGUGUGUAUGUGUGUAAUCCUACCAAUAUGUUAACUCCAGUGCAAGAUUGGGAAUGAAUCCACAAUCUUGGUUACAAAAAUGCAUUUUAAAGUUCAAUUGAAGCUAAUAUGAGGCUUUAGCAGAGUCAAAAAAAAAAAGAAAAUCAAAUGAUAUCUUUCAGUCAAAGUUACAGUCUUUUUAGCACAAAAAUCCCUGUUUCUGAUGCUAUCUCUUCUCUGCAACUCAGAAAGGAAACACUGUCUGUCUUAACAUAAAGAGGGAAUUGAUAAAUUGAGACUGCUGAAGCCCCAUAUUAGCUUCGGCUGAACUUUAAAAGGCAUUUUGCACAA